AGUACAGACGGGGUUUCUCCAUGUUGGUCAGCCUGGUCUCGAACGCCCACGACCUCAGGUGAUCCACCCGCCUCGGCCUCCCAAAAUGCUGGGAUUACAAGCGUGAGGCGCGGCGCCCGGCCUGGACUUCUACAUUAGCUAUCAGAGCGGUGAUGGUGCGCAUCAGCCAUGGCCAGGGACAGGAAUACAGGGAGAUGAUAAUAAAGGUGGUAAUGAAGUCACGGCCACCUGCCCUUAUGAAGUCAAAAUCAUUAAAGACCCAGUGACGUUCAUGCCAUCCAGGGUUGAGGCCUCUCUUCUGCCCAUCUGUGGUCCCAGGCCUAGUUAAACACCGAGGCCGUCUCCCACACAGGGGGUUCUAGGAUAAAGCCUCGGCCUGGGGCCUGGUCUGCACGCUAGGCGCCGGCCGCGGCUCGCUGGAGGACCCGAGCCAGCCCGCCCCUUCCCGCACGGCCUGCUGGGAGUUGUAGUUCAGUCGUCGGAUAACCGCGCCAAGCCCCGCCCCACGUGAGUGCGCAGUAUGGGGAGCGCUGGCCGGGACCCAGUGAGCGCGGGACUACAAUUCCCAAAGGACCGUAGCACCCAGCGCCCCGCCAACAGGUGAUGCCAUGGAGAGCAGCAAGCCUGGUCCAGUGCAGGUUGUUUUGGUUCAGAAAGAUCAACAUUCCUUUGAGCUAGAUGAGAAAGCCUUGGCCAGCAUCCUCUUGCAGGACCACAUCCGAGAUCUUGAUGUGGUAGUGGUUUCAGUGGCUGGUGCCUUCCGAAAGGGCAAGUCCUUCAUUCUGGAUUUUAUGCUACGAUACUUAUAUUCUCAGAAGGAAAGUGGCCAUUCAAAUUGGUUGGGUGACCCAGAAGAACCAUUAACAGGAUUUUCAUGGAGAGGGGGAUCUGAUCCAGAAACCACUGGGAUUCAGAUCUGGAGUGAAGUUUUCACUGUGGAGAAGCCAGGUGGGAAGAAGGUUGCAGUUGUUCUGAUGGAUACCCAGGGGGCAUUUGACAGCCAGUCAACUGUGAAAGACUGUGCUACCAUCUUUGCUCUAAGCACUAUGACUAGUUCUGUUCAGAUUUAUAAUUUAUCCCAGAACAUUCAAGAAGAUGAUCUUCAACAGCUGCAGCUCUUCACAGAAUACGGUCGUCUGGCAAUGGAUGAAAUUUUCCAAAAGCCUUUCCAGACAUUGAUGUUUUUGGUUAGAGAUUGGAGUUUCCCUUAUGAAUAUAGCUAUGGACUCCAAGGAGGAAUGGCAUUUUUGGAUAAGCGUUUACAGGUGAAGGAACAUCAACAUGAAGAAAUUCAGAAUGUUCGAAAUCACAUUCACUCAUGUUUCUCCGAUGUCACCUGCUUUCUCUUACCACAUCCAGGACUCCAGGUGGCCACAAGCCCUGACUUUGAUGGGAAAUUAAAAGAUAUUGCUGGUGAAUUCAAAGAGCAGUUACAGGCAUUGAUACCGUAUGUAUUAAACCCGUCUAAGUUAAUGGAAAAGGAGAUCAAUGGCUCAAAGGUCACCUGUCGGGGACUACUGGAGUAUUUUAAGGCAUAUAUUAAAAUUUAUCAAGGAGAAGAUCUGCCUCACCCAAAGUCAAUGCUUCAGGCCACUGCUGAAGCCAACAACUUAGCAGCUGCAGCCUCUGCCAAGGACAUUUAUUAUAACAACAUGGAAGAGGUUUGUGGGGGAGAGAAACCUUAUUUGUCUCCAGACAUUCUAGAGGAGAAGCACUGUGAAUUCAAACAACUUGCUCUGGACCAUUUUAAGAAGACCAAGAAGAUGGGUGGGAAGGAUUUCAGCUUUCGUUACCAGCAGGAGCUGGAGGAGGAAAUCAAGGAAUUAUAUGAGAACUUCUGCAAGCACAAUGGUAGCAAGAACGUCUUCAGCACCUUCCGAACCCCUGCAGUGCUGUUCACAGGCAUUGUAGCUUUGUACAUAGCCUCAGGCCUCACUGGCUUCAUAGGUCUUGAGGUUGUAGCCCAAUUGUUCAACUGUAUGGUUGGACUACUGUUAAUAGCACUCCUCACCUGGGGCUACAUCAGGUAUUCUGGUCAAUAUCGUGAGCUGGGCGGAGCUAUUGAUUUUGGUGCCGCAUAUGUGUUGGAGCAGGCUUCUUCUCAUAUCGGUAAUUCCACUCAGGCCACUGUGAGGGAUGCAGUUGUUGGAAGACCACCCAUAGAUAAAAAAGCUCAAUAGCAUCUUAAUAUGAAGAUCAAACAAGAACACAACGAGCCCCUACUGAUUUCUGGGUUUCUGCCACGGCCACAGGUUCAUAUCCAGAGGAAUGGCAGAUCUGAGACGAUCCAGGAAGAGCUAAAACAUGGCCCUGUAAUAAAUGAGCAGACCUUUCCUGUGGUUUCAAAUUAUUAAACACACUUCCAUUUCUCUUGGAA